ACUUUCAUUUUAGCUAUUUUUGCUUCCCAAUUUCUGUGCCGCCUACUUCACAUUUUCAUCUCCGUACAGUUCCCAUCACCGAGAAUCCGAGAGAACACUCGCAACGCUAUGGCUACGUCGUUGGCAUUGAUGGCGGCUCGUCGAGCAGCUAUCUGUAAUCAGCUAUCGACUUCUAGCUCAUCCGCUCAAUCUGCGUCUUUUGUCACCCGCCGCGGCCUUGCAGGCGCUGCUGAUCACCAUGGACCUCCAAAGGUGAAUUUUUGGGAAGAUCCGAUGAGCCCAUCGAAGUGGAAGGAAGAACAUUUUGUACUUAUCUCCCUGGCUGGAUGGGCUACAGCAAUCUAUGGUGGAUAUAAAUUCUUUACCGGAGGAAAGAAGAAUAAGGAAGAGAAUGUGGUUCAAGCGUCUUAGUAAAGCUGGAACUUUUGGGAUGCAUUAGUGAUGAUGGGAUUUUGCUAGCAAUAAUGCAGUUGUUCUUUUUGAUGCCAUUUCUGGGAUUCAUCUUUAUCUAUUUGGAUGUCCAAUGCCUACUUCACGUUUAAUGUACCCUAAAUCUCUCCUCAACUACUGCACAAGUUUCUUUUAUGGACCGCAUUGAUGUGUGUUUAGUUGGCAGUAUGUGAGUUUAAUUUGCUAUCACUUGCAAUUUUGCAAAUAAAAGACUGAAAGAUGAUAACUUCCCACCGGCAUUUAUGUGAGUUUCUUUUAAGGGUCUAGUUUGCAUAGGGAUGAAAAUAUAGAUGAAAAGUAAAAGGGAAUAAUCUUUCAGGGAAAGUUAAAGAUAGAUUCAAUAUUUCAAUCUCUAUCAUACGUAGUAUUCCAUUUGUCUUGCUAAGAUUCUUCCAUCUUUCAUUUUUGAUCCGUCCAAUAAGAUUGUUUCAUACCAAAA